AUGUGGGAGGUCACCGACGACCAGGGCGUGCUGUGCAGCAUCGACGACGUGGACUGGACGACGCGCUGCUGCGCUGCGGGCAAGGGACAGAGGCACUCGUGCGACGCCUGCGGGGACCACGACCAGUGCUGCAGCACGUACGAGAGCUGCGUGUCGUGCUGCAUGGGCCAUCCCGAGGGCGAGGCGCACAGGCAGGAGGAGCCGCGCAUCAUCGACCACCCGGAGACGGGCUACGCCGCGGACCUGUUCUCGUUCUGCGCCAUGCGGUGCCGCACGCACAAGGCGUCGACGUCGCACGAGAACACGUACGUCGGGGGGCGCCACCACUGCUUCAGCCGCAUCGCGCGGCCGCUGUCGAACCCGCAGGGGUUCCCCGCGGGCGUGGUGCCUGCGCGCGCGCUGCAGGGGCAGACCUGCGAGGCCGCGUGCCGCGACGCGAAGGCCGGCGCGUGCACGAAGGCCGCGAUGAAGGCCGUGUCGAACUGCGACGGCCUGCUGUCGGUGUUUCCGUGCGAGGCGGGGUGCUUCGAGGGCAAGGGCGCGAGGUUCUCCACGUACGCCGCGCCCAACAGCAGGACGCCGCACGCCUGCCUCGGGGCGUCGGAGCCGGCCGACGACUGCAGCCUCGCGGUGCCGGAAGCCGCCGCCGUCUGCGGCUGCCAGAAAUCGUGA